GGCAGAGGUUGCAGUGAGCCAAGAUCAGUCAUGCCACUGCAUUCCAACCUGGGCAACAGAGCGAGACUCCGCCUCAAAAAAAAAAAAAACAAAAACAAAAAAAAAAACCAUAGUUCUGAAGUCUUUGGCCAUGAGUGUUCUUUAAUGGUCUAAAAAGUGGUUUUAGUCAUGCCAGUGCCAAGGAGCUCUCCUCACACCUCCAUAGCGUGAAUGUUGACCUAUUUGGUAUAUUUUUAAGUUGCAGAUUAUAGAUGCAGAAAGAUAAAAUUGUCCUUUAUGUGUGCUUGAGUAUACGUGCACUGUGCCCGUGCUACACCAAUGAAAUUGUCCAGAAGACAUAUUGCUCACUCAUUGUCUAAAGUUGGUAUUUGUUAACUUUUAAAUCUGUAUGUGGUCAGAGUGUAAGUGGUUGGUUUUUAUUCUUGUCCAACAAUGAAAUAACUUAAAGCAGCAUGGGCUAAUGGUAGAUUUUUUUAACAUGUUAAUUCAUUGAAAGUGAACAUAAGAUUUUUGAUAAUCAGCCUAAAACUUCAGAAAUUGGAUCAGUAAGAGCUAAAGAUGAAAUCCUGGGAAACCUUCCCAGGCACUGUGCAGGGGAGGGAGUGGCUGGACCACCACUGCUGCUAGGGAGGAAUCAGAAGAGCUGCCCGUGGCUAGCUGGGAAGGACAGGGUGGAUGGCCCUUCAUUCCUGGAAGGCUGAAGCAGCCAGAGGCAGUGAUUCACUUCUUUAAUGUCUAAUCAGGGACAGAGAUAGGAGUAAGGUGGGUUUUAUUUUCAUUUUUGCCACUCUAAAUUCUCAAAAAUGAUCUGCGCUAAUCUAUAGAACUGGCUGAGUUUGAGAAUCAUUUAAAAUUUGGAAUUUUCUGUAUGUUCAAUUCAGUAACAUAUCUGAAAACUAAAAAAGUAAUGGAGGUGGAUGGGCUGCUCCCAGCUCCCUUCUGCCAUUUACACAAAAUAUUUGAAAACAUGUCUGUAAAUAAUGUUUUAGAACAGAGAUACUGAGUAUCUAAUCAUGUAAAGGACCCUCAGAUAAGACAGGCUGUUGGACAACUUUCCUAGUUCAUGAAGUGGAAUUUCCUUUUUGAGUAGUUUCUUGCAUGGUAUGUUCCAGUAGGUCAAACCCAGACCUACAGUUUGCAAACAGGCCAUCUGUAGAGAAUAUAAUUUCUGGACUGCCCAGGACUUGUUGCUUGUUUUUUAUUUCAUUUUUAAAUACAAAGCUCUUCCUUUACCAUUCACCUUAAAGUCAAGGUGCUGGCUGCUACAUGCCAUGUCCUCUAACAGGAUAAGAAAAUAAGUUACUAUGGAGCCCUCACGGCUUGGGAAGCUUACAUUUGAUGUACUUCCACAUGAGAUACAAGGACAUUGGAAAGUUGCUUUAUUUCUGGGCAGUGUAGACUAAAGUUACUUUUCAUAAGGCUGAGGCAUCCAGCCACCCCCCAAUUGUCCAAGUUGGUGCAGACAUGAAUUGAUCAAAUGAAACACUUUCCUUUGGCCUAGAGCUACCUAGAAUAAUUGGUUUUUGGUUAUUUGUAAAACAAAAAGUAGAACUUGCUUCCAUUUUCAGACGGACUAGGGAGUAGUAUAAUUAGACAGCUUUGCAAUGAAAUUAACAAAUACUGAAAAGUUGGAAAUGUGUAUAUACUGAAAUCUCACCAACUUUUACCUGGGGUGGGGUACCAGGAGAAAGGGGGGUUAAAUAGGGUAAGUGGGGGGGGAAUCAUAAUGUUUACCACAGGUACGAAGUAGUCACUUUAACAUUGAGACCUCUGCCUCAUUGAAUUCAGGUUUUUUAAGUACUUGAAACUCUUCAGAUUCUCCUUAUUUUACAGUUUCUUUUUAAAUUUAUGAAGUAGAAAGCAUUGUUUUGUAAACUGUUUUGAAAAUAAAUAGCCUAGUCUCUUAUCCUCUUUAGUGUGGAUUAAAGGCGAAGUUCUGCAAAUGGGGGCUUGUUCAGUAGAUAGCUCAGAUUGAUUGGACACACUUGAGGAAGAGACUCCUGCAUGAGAUACCAGCAUUUUUACGAAUAUUUCCUGUGUAUGUUCUUUAUUUUGUCAUUUUGUCAACCCUGUCCCCAAGCACAUCUUCUUUCCUUUUACUAUGUCUAUGUAGGGAAAAAAAUUAAAAAUUGCACUUAAUGUCACACUCCCAAAAUGUGGGUAAUCUGUGUCUUUCAAAAACCAUUUGUUUUUUGUUUUGUUUUGGUCAGUCCAUUGCAUAAGUGACAAGUUUGGGUGCUUGUGGCAUGUAUGUAUGAAGGGGGGGAUGAGAGUUACCUGUCCUUCAGUAGGCUGUAAAAGUAAUUUAUGUGUAAGUAAAAAGGGAAAAUAGAACAGAUGCCAAAGUCAUUUUUUCAGUCUUUAGUUUUCUUAUGUGGCAUUACUGCAUCUCUGCUAGUUACUGAGAAAGCACCCUUAGCUUUUACUGCUCCCUUCCCUGCCUGCCAGCACAGUUGAUGUGUGCAAAUAGCCCUCAAGUAUCUGUCAGAUUACCUAUAUAAGGUAUUGAUGAGAUAUUCUUGUCAGUUUAGAAAUGGACUGGAUAAAACUUUGUUGUCAUUAUUUUAUCUCAUUUGUCCUGUUGUAUACCCUAUGUUAAGAAAAUUAUAUUGCCACUAAUAAGAUUCUAAAUGAGUAUUACAACUGGCUAAUAUCAUUUUUUAUAUACAAGGGUGUGUGUAUAUUUGGAAACGAUGAGAAAUUCAUUUGUACCCAUUUGAGUGAUAUUGCACAACAAACACAGAUACCUACAGACUGUUUUCAUUUUCUCGUGUUCUUUAUGAUAAUCUUUGUAGAUUAUUUCUGUACUUUAUCUGUAAUAAACUUUGUAGAUCCUGUGAACCGUUACUUUGCCUAAAUCACUUGAGACUUGAGUCUUUAAUAACAAAGCAUCAAUAUUCACUAAAGUCAAUCUCUUUUGAGUUUCUGUGACUUGGCUAGAUGCUCUUGACACUAAGGGAUUAGUGUUAAUUUUCCCUGGGGGUGUUCCACUAGGGCAUUACUGUAUAAUGACUUGAUGUUGCCACAUAGACUUCAAGAUAUAUGAUAUUUUGAGGAUUUUGUUGAUUGGCCGAUGUUUUAUUUCAUAGUGUGAAACGUUGUAAAGCUUGGUUAACCUGUAUAUAGAUAGCUUAUUGUUGACUAGUUACAGUGUAUUUAGGAUUGCCUGUAAUAUUUAAGCUUCUUACUGAUGUGUGUGCUGGUAGGAACGUAUAAUUUUUGUACAUUAUAUUUACUGAGAUGUUGCCUUUUUUAUUUUACAAAUACUUUGGAAUUCCAAUGUGGUUUUUUGUUUUUUUUUUUUUUUUCCUUCCAUGAGGAUUAAUUUGGAAAGGUUUUUAAUGACAUUCCACUGAUUUCGGAUUUUGCUUGAGAUUGACUUCAAUAAAUUGUCCUGUAUGUUCCAAAUUAAAUGUGGGCUUGUUCUUUGCCAGUAAUAGUUUUGCUACAACUCACUGGGCAGGAGGCCAUCCUGGGUGGGAAGAGUAAAUGACACAAUCUAGCCAACCUCACUCAGUCAGUAUAGCUUCCUGCAGAAUGCCGUGUUGCUACGAGGCUCUGAGGGAGCUGUAGGGUUUUACAUUUAGAGGCGAAGUCCCGGGGGAAGGCUGCUCCCCGCAGUGGUGUGGAGAGGAGCUGCUCAUCAUGGCUGCAACUGGGAAGCUGGCUCCCCGCUGAAAUACACCGGAGGGCAGGGUGACGGAGCUGCUCCCCCCGUUCCAGAGGCUUAUCCAGCCGGAGGAGAUGUGGCUCUAUCGGAACCCCUACGUGGAGGCGGAGUAUUUCCCCACCAAGCCGAUGUUUGUUAUUGCAUUUCUCUCUCCACUGUCUCUGAUCUUCCUGGCCAAAUUUCUCAAGAAGGCAGACGCGAGAGACAGCAGACAAGCGUGCCUGGCUGCCAGCCUUGCCCUGGCUCUGAAUGGCGUCUUUACCAACACAAUAAAACUGAUCGUAGGGAGGCCACGCCCAGAUUUCUUCUACCGCUGCUUCCCUGAUGGGCUAGCGCAUUCUGACUUGAUGUGUACAGGGGAUGAGGACGUGGUGAAUGAGGGCCGAAAGAGCUUCCCUAGUGGACAUUCUUCCUUUGCAUUUGCUGGUCUGGCCUUUGCUUCCUUCUACCUGGCAGGGAAGUUACACUGCUUCACACCACAAGGCCGUGGGAAAUCUUGGAGGUUCUGUGCCUUUCUGUCACCUCUACUUUUUGCAGCUGUGAUUGCACUGUCCCGCACAUGUGACUACAAGCAUCACUGGCAAGAUGUACUGGUUGGAUCCAUGAUUGGAAUGACGUUUGCCUAUGUCUGCUAUCGGCAGUAUUAUCCUCCUCUGACUGAUGCAGAAUGCCAUAAACCAUUUCAGGACAAACCUGCACUUUCUACUGCACAGAAGAAGCCUGGGGAUUCUUAUUGUUUUGAUAUCUAAAAAUUGAAUCUGGCCAGGCACGGUGACUCACGCCUGUAAUCCCAGCACUUCUUUGGGAGGCCUAGGAGGGUGGAUCACCUGAGGUCAGGGGUUUGGGAGCAGCCUGGCCAACAUGGUGAAACCCUGUCUCUACUGAAAGUACAAAAAUUAGCCAGGAGUGGUGGUACACCUGUAAAUACCAGCUACUCGGGAGGCUGAGGUGGGAGAAUUGCAUGAACCUGGGAGGCAGAGGCUGUAGUGAGCCGAGAUCACACCACUGCACUCCAGCCUAGGCAACAGAGUGAGACCCCCCAUCUCAAAAAAAAAAAAAAAAAAAGAAUCUACCUCCAUGAAGAACAGGUGAACUAGCCCUCCAAACUGGACCAUGCACAAGACAAGAAAUUAUGGCCUUUUUUUCCCCUUCCAAGGUACAAGUGAGGACAUAAGCCACACUGUAUUCUGCCGCCUCCAAAUGAUUACGCACUUUUGGCCCUGCUCAUACAGCUCUAUCUUGAGGAGUCACAGCUCUUGUCAACUACUGUAUGCCACAUAUUCUAGUAAAGGGAUAUUUCAAAGGUAUCCAACAGCUUAUGAAUCUGGUCUAUCAGAUGGAUAGCCAAAGAUCUACAGAGUUUUUAAAUUUAAUUUCCAUAUUGUAAAGCUCAAAAUCUUAAAAUCUAAGGAAUGACCAACUAAAUUACUUUGAUUCUGUUUAUCUCCUGAUGACAAUUCCAUCAAGCCUUAAAUAGGAAAAUGUCGAAUCUGGGGUAGUUCAUCACUUUUGUGUGUAUCUUAUCUGAGUCCAGCCAUCUGGUACUGCCACACAUUUUGAACACCAUGGGCAUAAACUGUGUUGAAUUACGAAGUGAACACCACGAUAAAGAAGAAAAUGGUCAGGGGUAUGGUAUCAGUACUAACAGAUGGUUGUUUCUACCUCAUUUGAGCGUAACUAUGCUCAUGAGCUUCUCUCCUUCCAUUCAUAAAUCAAGAUCUGCUCAAAUGUACCAACACUGCCAAGUGACUAAGAAAAGAAAAAUUACAGACAUCACCACCUGAAGGACAGAUGAAUCUUUUUCUGCCCCUUCUUCACAAUGGGAUAUAAGGAACAAUUACAGUGUGUCAUCAGAACUGAUGUCAUAGGAACUAUAGCUCCCUUUCUCCUUAUUGUGAUUAUACUUUAAAUAUGGCCUUGUCUUUUAUCUGUAUUUUCCUAUAUUUUCAAUAUAUCUUUUUCCUUCAGUAAACCUGAUAUUCAAAUAAAAUGGUAAAUUUGUGCUUUUUUUUUUUUUUUUAAUAUUUAAAGUACCAUUAAGGAGCUGGAACUUUAAUAAAGCAAAACAUUGAAUUCCCCAUCUACCAUAAGUGAUUCAAAUGCUGUUACCUAUGGUAAUGGCUAAUAUUUAUAAAUACCAAAGAAAAGGAUCCAUAUUUAUCUUAUAAUUGCCAUGCUUUAACUUCUGAACUACAUCUGCCUAUGACAAUGAAAACACCAGUCAAGGGGAAAGAAUUUACAUGUUAGUUCUUUGCCCAAAACUUUAUUUUUUUUGUUUUAGUAAUACAUCCAAAGGAAGAGAAAAUUGUUACUGUAUUGAUUUUCUUUACUUUGUGACAGAUGAGUCCAGGUGAAAGUAGGCAACUAGAAAAUAUGGUUUGAUUUCAGUAUUUACUAAAGUUUUAAAUAUCACAUAAAAAAACAAACAUUUCAAAAGUGCAAAAUAUUAGAAAUCUAAUCAGUGCUAUUAAUCUUUCCAUGCAAACAAUCUCUUUUGCUGAGAUAAGUGAUACUAAUUCUGCAGCUGGGAAUAUGUACAAAAUGAUGCUGUACCAGAGUUUAAAAAUAGGCUUGGUCUACAGAUUGCACAUGAUACAAAUGAAAGCAGUGCAAAUAAUAUAUGACUAAAUACAGGAUUUCAAUCAAGCUUAUUAUCCUGGGAAUAUACAGAUAUAAUACCAUGAAUAGACAAGAUAUAAACUCUUCACAGUUACCCACCCCCUCACCACUAGGAAAGAAACAUUUCUUAAUACAAAGAGUGGUUUAUCUGGCUAUCCAGGGCUAUGUUGUCCAUCUUUGGUUACAGGGACUCACUCUUGCUUGUCCUUUGGUUUACUCUUAAAUAGCACCUAUUCUGCCAAUAGGAAGAAUAAACAUAAAUUUGAAGACUGCAACUUGGCAAAAGCUUCCCCUUAAUAUACAGUGAAUGCUUCUUAAUUCUCAAUAACUCAGAGUUUAUAUACUUUUUAAAAAAUAAAGUAUAUUCCAUAAAAUCUGAAACUUAGUGGCAUACUUAGCAUUAGGCCAUAAGCACAUGACAAGGAAAGACCAGGCCUGACCUACACCCCAACCUUACCUCUACAGUCUCCACGGCAACAGUAAUUACCCUUCAUUUUCCUUUUUUCUCCAGAAAGGGAUAAAGACCACUGCUGUCUAAGGAAUGGCUUCAAUAAAUAUUAAAUGCCAGAGGCUUUGGAUACCAUAACAUUUACAAAAAAAUUUAUAAACAAUAAACCACAGCUGGCCUGCCUUUGCUACUCUAUAAACAGAGGCCUGUGGAAUCAGGGCAAGUAGAAAGGACUAUCAUAAAGAUAACUGCAAAGACAAUGACAAACUCUGACCAAUGAA